AUGUGCACAGAUUUGAUAGUACAGAUUCGUCGACUGAUAUCGUUGAGUGACAACGUUACACCCAUGAUGGGAGUUUGUCUCGGUCAUCAGCUGAUCGCUCUUGCAGCAGAUGCCGAAACGUAUAAGCUAGACUAUGGCAAUCGAGGCCACAAUCAGCCAUGUGUGUUUGUGGACAGUGACCGGUGCAUUAUUACUGCGCAGAACCAUGGCUACGCGGUUAAGAAUGCUUCGCUUAAAAAAAAUUGGGAGGUAUUAUUUGUGAACGCUAACGAUCAGACGGUCGAAGGAAUUGCACAUAAAAGGCUUCCAAUUUUCGGCGUACAGUUUCAUCCAGAACAUUGCGCGGGACCUGUUGACGCUGAAUUCUUGUUCGACCUAUUUAUGAAUGAUGUUUACAAGUUUAAGAAUGGCAAGACCACGACCCCGGUUAGACAGUCGAUUGGGCAUUACCUGAAACUACCAACGGAGGAAGUCCUUAAACCACCAAAACCAAAAAAGGUUCUUAUCCUCGGUUCCGGAGGACUUUGUAUCGGUCAAGGAGGCGAGUUCGAUUACUCUGGUUCACAAGUAAGUGUGAACGUGUCAUUAUUUGUAGUUUUGGUACUGUGUCCUUAGAA